AUUUUGUUUGUGAUUUAUUUUAAUAUUGAAACCUCAAAGGGCGCCCCCAGAGAUUUUGGCCUGAUGCAAGGUUUGGCGGCGACCACCACCAACGGUGUCUCUACUACUUUUCUCAGGAAGCAUAGUCCAAUCCUAAACAAGUAUGUGAAUCAAAGGGUGUCUUUCCCCAAUUUCGAUUCAUCCCCAAAACUAACAUGUCUCCGUGAGAUUGCUCCUCCUCUUUCAGCAACUGCACCCGACGUGGACUUUGCAUCAUCGAACCAUCUCUUUGCUCAUGGUUUGCCUCCCUUGGCUUCCGGUUUUACGAAACGCCAGAGACCAUUAGAGCCCGCGAGAGCGUUCAAAGACGACUUUUUCAAGAUCAAGCUUCCUAAAAUCGCUGAGAGACCUGAGUGGUGGUGGAGGACAUUAGCUUGUAUCCCUUAUCUGAUAUCCCUCCAGAUAUCUGAUGUUGGAUUUUACGUGCAGCCUUUUCUAGAAAAGUACGACGCCAUUGGAGACAUGAUCUACUUCAUCCCCGGAGCUAUUAACAGAUGGCCCAGCUGGUUCUUCAUGCUCUACUGCUACUUGGGUUACAUGUUUGUGGUGAAGAACAAGGACUUGCCUCAUUACUUUAGGUUUCACAUGAUGAUGGGUAUGCUUCUCGAAACAGCUCUUCAGAUCAUUUGGUGCACCAGCAACUUCUUCCCACUCAUUCAUUUCAAAGGAAGGCUUGGGAUGUAUUACUGGAUGGUGAUUGGGUUUACUUACAUAUGUCUGCUUCUUGAAUGCAUACGGUGUGCUCUCGCUGGGGUUUAUGCUCAGAUUCCUUUCGUGACUGAUGCUGCUUCCAUUCACACUCUCUUCAACUUGGGAGGCUUUUCGAGACCACUCAGGUGAAAAGGUGGUCCUCUAUGGUGUUGCAUACUUUGUAAGAAGAACAAGUCUUGUCCUUAUUCUCUAGAGAGAGGUCGUUGGUGUGACUUAUCAGUCCUAAGAGUUUUCUGUGAUGUCUUUUAGUGUCUGUGUCUCGUAUGUGUAGAACAUAAAGAUCUGUUUUUGAGAGUAGCUUAUAUCAAUAUUUAUUUAAGUCCAAAUAAAUCGGUCGUAGUAUGUGUGGCCCAUGAUUCUAAAGCAUGUCUUGUUUUUGUUUUAGUAUUAAGUAGGGCCGGUCAUCGGGCAUCCUUAGUGAAACAUUUCUGAGGCCUCC